GCAAGUAACCUUGUAGACACGUUUCCUGGAAGGCGUGAAAGGGGCGUGGCCAGUCUGGGCUGUCAGUUCUUAAAGGGGCCGCCGCGCUGGUCGCGGGAGGCGGCACCUGGAGCCAGCGCGGGAUCCUGUGCAGGCGCCAUGGCAGAGAAGGUGCUGGUCACAGGCGGGGCCGGCUACAUUGGCAGCCACACAGUACUGGAACUGCUGGAGGCAGGCUACUCCCCUGUGGUCAUCGACAACUUCCAUAAUUCCAUUCGUGGAGGGAACUCCAUGCCUGAGAGCCUACGGCGGGUCCAGGAACUGACAGGCCGCUCUGUGGAGUUUGAGGAGAUGGACAUCUUGGACCAGGCAGCCCUACAGCACCUCUUUAAGAAGCACAGCUUUAAGGCCGUCAUUCACUUUGCUGGGCUCAAGGCUGUGGGCGAGUCAGUGCAGAAGCCUCUGGAUUAUUAUAGAGUUAACCUAACAGGGACCAUCCAGCUUCUGGAGAUCAUGAGGGCCCACGGGGUGAAGAAUCUCGUGUUCAGCAGCUCAGCCACCGUGUACGGGAACCCCCAGUACCUGCCUCUGGACGAGGCCCACCCCACCGGGGGUUGUACCAACCCCUAUGGAAAGUCCAAGUUCUUCAUCGAGGAGAUGAUCCGGGACCUGUGCCGCGCAGACUCGGCCUGGAACGCGGUGCUGCUUCGGUACUUCAAUCCCACGGGCGCCCACGCCUCUGGCUGCAUCGGCGAGGAUCCUCAGGGCAUCCCCAACAACCUCAUGCCCUAUGUCUCCCAGGUGGCGAUUGGGCGACGCGAGGCCCUGAAUGUCUUUGGUGAUGACUAUGCUACGGAGGAUGGGACAGGUGUAAGGGAUUACAUUCACGUGGUGGAUCUGGCGAAGGGCCACAUAGCAGCCUUGAAGAAGCUGGAGGAGCAAUGUGGUUGCCGGAUCUACAACCUGGGCACAGGCACAGGCUACUCUGUCCUGCAGAUGGUCCAAGCCAUGGAAAAGGCUUCAGGGAAGAAGAUCCCAUACAAGGUGGUGGCACGGCGGGAAGGUGACGUGGCAGCCUGUUAUGCUAACCCCAGCCUAGCCCAUGAGGAGCUGGGCUGGACAGCAGCCUUGGGGCUGGACAGGAUGUGUGAGGAUCUGUGGCGCUGGCAGAAGCAGAACCCCUCAGGCUUUGGGGCCCAAGCCUGACGGCCUCCUUACCAAGGACCAACAGAAGAGGAGCAGCUGCCCGCUUUCCAGCCUCCACAGGACCCUGUGCCCCAUGCUCUGGGGCCAAGCUGAGGCCACCCUACCUCAAAUGCCAGCUCAGCCCUCCAGGCAGGAGACCUCUGUCAGGCUCCACUAAGCAGAAAGGAGCCUGGGUCUUUCCAGCCUAUCUCCCCCAUGGUCCAGGAGCUCACAGGACCCUCGAGCCUGUGAGGGCCCAGCGGUCUGGGACCAUAGCCUCACCCAGGCACUAACUUAUACUGUUAUGAUUGAACUUUCCAAAGUACCUAAAAUAAAGAUGUUUUCUUAUCCUGGA